AUUGCUUUGUUUCCCAUUUUCUCUGUACACAGAUCUGAAGAGAUUUCCUGGAUGUGGAGUGUAAUUUUUCAAAGCCACCUUUGCACUGUGCAGUUUGUUGAAAAAAUGUUUGGGAGAUUGACUCUUCCGCAACUGCUUUUUGCUAGCAUCCUUGGAAUUGCUGGAGGAAUAUAUAUUUAUCAACCAAUAUUUGAACAGUAUUCCAGAGAUCAGAAGGAACUAAAAGAAAAGUUGAAAUUGGCACAAGAAUCAGAAGAGAAGAAAAGUUAGUACUACAUGGAGUUGAACUGUAAUUGCUCAAAGUUCCGUUGAAAUUAUACAUUCACUAUAAAUAAUCUAGUAAAAACUUCGCAAAUAUAUUUUAAACAUAAA